UAGCAAGAUAGGUAAUCUCAUGAAGAAAUAACUGAUUUCUGAGGUGCUUAUUAGGAGAGAAGGAUGCAGGCUGUGAGAAGAAAGUCGUCUCCUGGCCCCUUUCAUGCUAAUUAAUGCGUUCAGAAGCUGUACUGAAAGGAAUUUAAACUCGUGAUAGUCAUAAGAGAACAGAUCAAAGAAGGAAAUAAAACAGAGUAAGUCAAGGAAAGGAAAGCUGUACAUGCCUUUAGUUAACAGAGUACGGUCUGAAGAAGGGGUAGGAUCUCAAAAUGCCCAGAGGAAGCGACCAUCAAGGUGGAAACUUCUUUAGAGGAAAAGGACGGAUCUAUUUCACAGCAGAACAAGCCCUGGGGAUUGGGAUCUUCAUUUUGGUGCUGGCCAUUUUGAUUAUCUUUGGAUGCUGGUUUUACAAAAGGCGUAGUGGCUAUAAGAGACUACGGAGCAAAGGCAUCAAUAUGGGUACCAUACAAACUGUUGUAGGUGAGGGAGCAACACCAGACUCCAAAACAGCUCUGCAAGAGUAUAGGAACUUUAAUAAUUCUGUGGUACCCGAUGCUCCACCAGCCUAUGACAAAAUUGCUGCAGAGCAGUCACCACCUCCUUAUUCACCAUGAUAGCAAUAAGUCUUAAACUCUGAGCACAUCCAUUCAAUUUCUUCAUGCUCCCUCUUUAUUUUCUACACAUUCUUAACUUUCUGAAAGCUAAAACUGCAAUAAAAAUUCACAUGCUUUCAUUAGCAAUUGCUGAAAGUUACUCUUGCUCAACUUAAAGUAGUUCAUGUAACACUUUAAUAAAGCUGACUCUGCUUCUGUUUUAUGUUUUUCAUUUCUUGUGUUCAGAUUAAUACAUUUUUGCUCGAGUUUUUGGCUUCUUGUAUGCUUCAUAGAAGAACCAGUAUUAAGAACACACCACUGGAUAUCAACUAGAUUGAGAAGUGUAGGCAGCUGCACAUUCAUCUUCCACAUUUUCUCUCCCUUUAUUAAAAAAAAAAAAAGAGAGAGAGAGAGAAAGAGAGAGAAACAAUCUAUUCCAUAGAAUGCAAUGCACAAGAACCUGUUAUAAUGUGGGCAGAAAUAUUUGAUUACACGUGCUGAUAGGAAAAUUAAUUUCCCUGCCACCCUAAAAAUUAACAUGCACAAGGAGACUAUAUUUUACAGCAGUCAUAUACUUCACAGCACUUGUUUAUGUAUCUGUAAUUAACCACUUCCUUGUGAAAUAUCAGUUUUAUCCAUGAAACUUAAGAAUUUCUGCUUGUAAUCCAUGUUCUUUCAUACUUGUCAGUAUAUAUAACAGCAGUCACGUUUCAUGACCUACUGGUAAGAAAGGAGAGCAGUCACAGAAAACAAAGAACUGCAAUACAUCUAAAUUAAGGUAUACUCAUUAGGCUUGUUCAAAG